AUGAAAUUCCAAAGAUGUAUGAAGCUCAUGACAGCUCUCAUCGUCAUCUCUUUCAUUAUUGCAACGACAUUGGCACAUACUUUACUGCUGAAAGGCUCAAAUGUUGAUGUUCUGCCGACACUGUACAUACAGAAAGUAAAUUCAUCAUCAUCCGAAACUAAUUUAUUUCCUACUAACAAUUAUGAUGUAAAUAAUAAUAACAAUGAUUUUAAUAAUUGCACGGACAAAGCAAACCCAUGUAGUUCAAUUUACGAAGGUGUUAUCGCCAUUGAAAAAUUAUACAACAAUCUUGAAAUUCCCAGAAAGGCAGCUCGUUUGAUAUUGAUGUCAAGUAGUGAUGGAAAUACUCAUUAUGGAGGAGACCAAUGUCAACAUGAUUACAGAGAUGCCGAGCUUGAUGAGUUGAUAGUCCAAUCUGAGGAUAACCAAACUACGAUCACUAUAGACUGUGAAAAUAAUCCUCUCUUUAGAGGUCUGGGUAUUUUCACUCUAACAUUUUACAAAAUCAAUUUAGAACGAAUUGAAAACGAUAAUGUGACACCAUUUAGGAGCUCAUUAUUCAUGACAGAAACACGAUUAAGAAACUCUACAUUCAAUUUCUUCAAGUCAGUAACGGCCAAGUUCAAUAACUGCUCAUUGGAAAUGGUGACAAUAGUGCACCAUGACAAAUCUAUUUUUCACUUUGAGCUCUCUGUAUUUGUUGAGUUUCAAAUAGAAUCAUUCUCGCGCUACGUUCAACCAGUAGUGAAAAAUGAUUAUUCAUUCAUUAUUGAAAAUUGUAGUUUUAAGCGAUCGAAAUUGGUGAUCCAUGGAUUUUUUUGGAUUACUUUACACUCAGUAACUUUCGAAGAAGAAAAUUAUUUGAAUUUUUUGUUUUCUGAUAAUGCUGCUCUCAAUUAUAUUUCAGCUUUUGGGAAAUUUUUUUUACAAUUGAAGGGAAUUCCAUCCAUCCUUAUCACACAAAGCCAGUUCUCAAGUUUAGAACCUUUAAUGCAGUCUCCAGAUCAGUACAUCAUCCAAGUGAUUACAGCAUCUGUGUUUGAAAUUUAUCACACAUCAUGGUUAAAUUGUAGGUCAUCCUUAAUGGACAUUCAGGAAGUGCAACAAGUGUAUGCCAUGGAUGUGACCUUUAAAAACAACAUUGGCCAAAAUUGUAUUAAGGCAAAUUUGGGGCAAUUUGUUGGAACAACAACGUUUCAGUUAACGCAUAGUAUCUUCCACAACAAUACACUUUUCAUGCACACACCAAAUUCUCGUAACGUGGCUACAGUGCUUGACGUGUCCGCUGAGCUUGUUGACAUGUUUGACUCCAUGUUUACAGAAAAUAAGGCAGUGCAUGGUAGUAUCAAUGUGAUAAGUUCAGAAUUAAGAAUCAGUUCGUCCUCUUUUGAAGACAAUUAUGUGGAAUUAUAUGGAGGAGCUCUCUAUGUGAAUUCGUUACAAACCUCACUCUCCUUCACUUCAUGCCUUAAUAAUAGAGCAAUGGUAGGAGGAUGUCUCUUCUUUAACAAUCCAGACCAAUUACAAAAUUUACAAGUUAUCAAUUCUACAUUGCAAGGGAAUAUUGGUGAAUCAUACGGCACGAACGUUGCCUAUCCAUUCUCAAAUAUGAAAUUUCAGCUUCAAAUUCACUACACCUCGGAAAAUAUGUCAAUUUUAACAUCAGAUUCUGAACAUCAGAUCCCUGAGCUCUUUCUCUAUCCUGGACAGACCAUUGAAGAAAUUCAAUUGCUAUUGUGGAACAAUGGAAGUGACCGAGUACGAUUUCUGAGACAUCCAGUCAAGUGUCAUUGGCAUGAAAUUCAGGAUGCUUAUGUGAGUUAUAGAAAUAACAAUACGCUCGGCUUGGAAUCAUUUGCCAUCUCCAUUUUCAAUACAUCAACACAAGUCAUACACGUGACCAUGAUUCUGGAUUUUGAAUAUGAAAUUCCACUUCUCGUACAUAUAUUACAGUGUCCAGAAGGUACUACUUUAAGCAUGCGUGGAUUGCCAUCUGGAAGUAUGACUUGCACACCCCUCCCACAAAUGUCUCUUUCUAUUAUCGUACCAGUUGUGGUUGUUGUAAAUUUUGUGUUCUUUUUACUGGUAACUUUGUUGGUGUAUUUGGCCAUUCGUGUUGGCAGAAAUAUUUUCCAGAAAUUGAAACGAUUGGAAAGAAAGGAAAAUGCAGAGAAGAAAAUGGAAUCAAAAUUAUUGGAAAAACGAAUUGUUUUGAUGAACCACGAAGACUCAGGAGUUGAUCACCGAUCUAGGCAUGAAGGAUCUGUCAAUCAACCAAGUGAUGCUGACGAGAAAACAUCGCUAUUGAGGAGCAAUCAUUCUAACAACAGGUCACACCAAACAUCAGCUGUGAAAAAUUUAUCUUGGAUUAUUUCUAUUGAUGACAUUGAAGUCGAAAGGAGAAUCGCAGAGGGUUCAAGUGGUACCGUUUAUAUGGCAUUAUGGAAUGGUUCACAAGUUGCAUUGAAAUCAUUGAAAAAAGGCUCAUCGAUGGAUGAAAUAGAAGAAAGUAAUGAGGAGUUUGAAAGAGAGGCAUCCCUACUUGGAAGUAUUCGUCAUCCCAAUAUUGUUCAAUUUUUUGGAGUCAUCGUUUCUGGUACACAAAAGUAUAUGGUUGUUGAAUUUUUACAAAAAGGAUCUCUGGAAAAAUUAAUUGCCAAUUCAUACAAUGGCGUUGAAAUUUUAGAUUUACCAAGCAAAAUUAAUAUUCUUCUCGAUAUUGCAAAAGGAAUGAAUUAUUUACACAGUUUGAAACCGAAACGAAUCAUUCACCGUGAUUUAAAACCUGGUAAUAUUUUGUUGUGUGGAUUGAAUAAUGGUAAAUACACAGCCAAAAUAUGUGAUUUUGGUCUAAGCAAGGCAUUAGGAAAUAGUCGAUCAAAUUCAGCAACGACUAAUAUUGGUACAUUAUUUUACAUGUCAAAUGAAAUGAUAUCUGGAGAUACCAACUACAAUCACAAAGUGGAUGUUUACAGUUUUGCAAUCAUCAUGUGGGAACUGUUCUUUGAAGAGAAACCAUAUUUGAAUUCUGAUUCGAAAAAACUAUAUAAAUUUGUGGAAAAACAAGAAGAGAACGAUGCCUUAGGAAUUAAGCUACUGUUUCACGUCAUGCAUGGUUUAAGGCCAAUCAUUCCAUUCCGUACGGAUGAAGAAUUGGAGCAAUGGAUUGCCGAGUUCGUGCAGCCACGUGGUAAUUCCACAAUGUCACUGGAAUUAACAUGUCGCAUGACAAGUCAGUAUAUCUCACUCAUGAAAGAAUGUUGGAACCAAAAUUUCAAUGAAAGACCAGAAUUUAGCGAGAUUUGUAGCAGGUUAUCGGAAAUGAUGAAAGGUUAUCCUUAA